ACCUUUUACGAAGUAUCAGAAACAACAGUCUGUUGACGAGGUUGCACAGUUAGGAAGUGUCCGAAUACAGAUAACAACGAACAGUGCAAAUCUAGCCCACAUCUGUUGUAUUACUGUUGUUGUCGUUGCAUUGCAUUUAAUUUCGUUUUGAUGCAGUUAAAACAGUGACAGCCACUCAAAAUGUUCGCAGGGUUACCGGAGCUGGGAAUAUCCAAUGGAGAGGAUCUGAAAGAAACUCUCACUAACUGUACAGAACCCCUGAAAGCCAUCGACCAGUUUCAGAUGGAAAAUGGCAUAUUGUUGCCAACCCUACAGUCUGCAUUGCCUUUCCUGGACCUUCACGGGACUCCACGGCUGGAGUUUCAUCAGUCAGUCUUUGAUGAACUUCGUGAAAAGUUGAUGGAGCGUGUUGCCACAAUUGCAGAGGGCAAGGAUGAGGACAGGUAUGUAAAGCUGGAAGAACUUCUUGAGAAAAGCUUCCCAUUGGUGAAGAUGCCAUCCAUACAGCCCAUUGUCAUGCAAGUGCUGAAACAUCUGCCAAAGGUACCUGAGAAGAAGCUGAAGCAGGUGAUGGCUGAUAAAGAGCUGUACAAAGUCUGCUCAGUGGAGGUGAAACGGCAGAUUUGGCAAGACAAUCAGGCUCUUUUCGGGGACGAGGUGUCUCCUCUAUUGAAACAGUAUAUUGUGGAGAAGGAGGCGGCUCUUUUCAGCAGUGACCUCUCCAUCCUUCACAACUUUUUCAGUCCUUCACCCAAAACACGGCGACAGGGUGAGGUGGUGUUGAAGCUGACUCAGAUGAUUGGGAAGAAUGUGAAGCUCUAUGAUAUGGUACUACAGUUCCUGCGGACACUAUUCCUGCGCACACGGAACGUUCACUACUGCACCCUGCGAGCUGAGCUGCUCAUGUCCCUCCAUGACCUCGACAUCAGUGAGAUCUGUUCAGUUGACCCCUGCCACAAGUUUUCUUGGUGUUUGGAUGCCUGCAUCAGGGAAAAGUUUGUGGAUGCUAAACGGGCCCGAGAGUUACAAGGUUUCCUGGAUGGGGUGAAGAAAGGGCAGGAACAAGUGUUAGGUGACCUGUCUAUGAUCCUCUGUGACCCAUUUGCCUGUAACACACUAGUGUUGAGUACCGUGAGGAACCUUCAGGAGCUAUUGAGCCAGGAGGCCCUGCCCAGAGACAGCCCUGAUCUUCUCCUUCUGCUGCGGAUGCUUUCUCUUGGCCAGGGUGCCUGGGAUAUGAUUGACAGCCAGGUUUUUAAAGAGCCCCGAAUGGAUUUGGAGGUGGUAACGCGCUUCCUGCCUGCCAUGAUGUCAAUAGUGGUGGAUGACUACACGUUCACUGUGGAGCAGAAACUGCCGAGUGAGGAGAAAACCUCUCUGACGUACCCCACCACGCUGCCUGAAACCUUCUCCAGGUAUAUACAGGAAAACAGGGUGGUGUGUGAGAUUGGUCUAUAUUAUGUGCUUCAUAUUGCCAAGCUGAGGAAUAAAAAUGCUUUACAGCGGCUUCUGCCUGCACUGGUUGAUACCUAUAACGACAUGGCAUUUGGAGACAUCUUUCUCCAUCUUCUCACUGGUCAUCUGACUCUGCUCUCUGAUGAAUUUGGAUCAGAGGAAUUCUGUACUGCAGUCUUUGAUAACUUCCUCCUCACAUCUUUCUCUAGUAAGGAGAAUGUUCACCGACACUGUCUUCGCUUGCUGAAUCAUCUCCAUCAGAAGGUGCUGGUGUCCUAUAUGGAAACCUUAACAAAGACGCUUGAACCACCAAAACAGAGCAGUGAGUCAGUGAAGGAGCUGUACACCCUGUUGAAGGAGAAGCUCGAAGCUUCUAAGAAAAGCCCCCCGGAGCCAGAGGAAGCACCUUCUAUGGAUCUGGGCCUUCACCCUGUUGCUGUGCCCUCCACCCCCUCCACCCCUACAACCCCUCUUUGAGAGAGACUGGAUGCUAGAGAGCAGCAACAGCAAUCAUGUUCACAUGGGGAUAGGCAACAUGCCUUAUGUCAUAAAGACUGACCUGAACGUGUGUAAAAUCCAACAGUGCUAGUUAUGAAUUUUCUUUUAUAAGGGUCAUUUUAAAAGCGUUUUCAAUUUUGCAAUUUUGUUGGCUCAGCUCUUUUACCAUUUAAAUGUUUCUUUUAAUUUAGUCUUGUCUCAUUGUUGUAUAAAUUCAGACAUAGUCUCUUAUGUGCAGCAUUUCAUAGUUAAUUAUGUUGUGCUUUGGAUUGUGUCAGUGAUGAGCCCUAGUGUAAAUAAAAUAAUUGAUAAGAAUGUUUACAGUCCUUGAUUUUGGAGCAUUUUGAAUGCAUUAAACCUAACUGAUUA